AUGUUGAAGAGACAGGAGGAAGGGAGUGAAUCAGUUGGGACAGGUCCAAGAAAUGAGGAGGAGGGACAGAAGUGGUAUUCCCCCCCCCCCCUUUCCCCCCCGCCGCCCCUUCCCCCCCCCUCCCCGCCACCGCCCCCCCACCCCCCCCCUGCCCCCCAUCGCCUUCCCCCCCCCUCCCUUCUCUUCCCCCCCCCCCCCCUUCCCCCUUCGCCCCCCCCCCCUCAUUUUUCCACCCCCCCCCUUUCCCCCAUUUCUUUCUUUCCCCCACCCCCCAUUCCCCCCCGCCCCUUUCCCCCCCCCCCCUUCUCGACCUUGUGCCCACCCCCCCCCCCCCUUCCCCCCCCCCCCCCCCCCCCGCCUCCUCCCCCUCCCCCCCCUUCCCCCCCCCCCCUUCCCCCCCCCCCCCCCUUCCCUCCACCCCCCCCACCGCCCCUUUCCCCCCCUCCCCCCUCGUUCCCUCCCCCCACUCCCCCCCUCCCCCCCCCCCCCCCUCCCCCCCCCCUCCCCCCCCCUUCCCCACCCUCCCCCCCCCCCCAUCCCCCUUCCUCCCCUCCCCCCCCCCCCCCCCACCCUCCAAAGAAAAAAAGUGUGUUUCCUUCCCCGCCCCCCCACCCCCCCCCUUUCCCCCCACCCCUUCCCCCCCCCCCCCCCUCCCCCCCCGCCCCCCCCCCCUUCCCGCCCCUUCCCCCCCCUUUCCUCCUUAUCCUUUCCCCCCCCCCCGCCACCCACCCCCCCCAGGUUCCACCACCCCUUCCCCCCUUCCCCCCCUUCCUCCCCCCCCCCUUCCCCCCCCCCCCCCCACCCCCCCCCCUCCCUUCUUCUUCCCCCCCCCCACCCCCUCUCCCCCCCUCCCCCCCUCCCCCCCCUCCCCCUUCCCUUUUUCCCAACUUCCCCCCCCCCCCCCCCUUUUCCACCUCCCUCCCUCCCUUCCCCCCCCCACCCCCCUUUCCCCCCUUUCCACCCUUCAGUUUCCCCCCCCCCUCCCCCCCUUUCCCCCCCCCUCCCCCGCCCCACCUACCCCCCCCCCCCCCUUCCCCCCCCCCCCCCUCCCCCCCCCCCUCCCCGUCCCCCCUCCCUUCCCCCCCCGAUUCGUUCCCCCCUUGUUCCCCCCUGAUCCCCCCCCCCCCCCCCCCCUCGCGCCCCCCCCCCCCCCCCCCGCCCCCCCCCCCCGCCCCUGUCCCCCCCCCCCCUCCACGGCCCCCCCCCCCCCCCGUUCCCCCUCCCUCCCCCCCCACUUUAGUCCUCCCCCCCCCACCCCGUCCCCCCCUUCCCCCCCCCCCCCCCCCCCCUCCCCCCCCCCCCCCUCCCCCUUCACCCCUCCCUCUCCUCUUCCCCCCCCCCCCCUUCCUUUCCCUCCCCCACCCCCCCCCCUCCCCCACUUUCCCUCCCCCACCUCCGCCCCCCCCCCCUUUUCCCUUUCCACCCUCCCCCCUUCCCCUCCCCCCCCUUUGUUCCCCCCCUUGUUUCUAUCCGCCCCCCCCCCCCCCCCCCCCGCCUUCCCCGGCCACCCUUGCUCCACCACCCUCCCCCCCCCUCUACCUCUAA